UCCAAAGCGAUGUGUGAAGUGCCGGCUGUUUUAAACAAUUUCGUGCAAGGUUUCUCCUUACUCGAUGUCACACGCCGCGGGUCUCAAACUUCUUCGCAAGGUCUUGAACUCUUUCACAGUCUCUGAACUGAGAAGUGCGUUAGACGUCGAACUGGAAGACUUAGAUUUCAAUAACAACCCACCGAGUGACAAACCUUCAAAACCGGAAAUUGUGGCCUGUGUAUUGGACGCCCUCGAUGCCAAAGGACCAGAUGAUACAUUCAGCGCUCUAUCCAAGAUCCACUGCUGGUAUUUGCGUAAGAAAAUUUCAAAGGUAUCUCAGUGGAAAAUAUUUCGUAUUCACAGUGACUCUCUGGAUAGAGUGAAGUCUAAGCUGAAGGAUGUCUCCGCUCUCUUGAGAUCAGUUGAAAGUGCCACUCCUCUAUCAGCGUGGGAUGUACGGACGUCCUGGGAACUUGAAGACUCCGCCGUAUAUUGCUGCUUCGCUCUACGGGACCUUCCGAAGCGCCUCACCAGUCGUGUUGUGUACCUGAUGUACUUACCCGACAUUCCGUUCGUCGCUAUGCACAGCGCAACGAGCAAAGUUUUCGACCUCGCGCGUGACCUCUUAGAGAGGGCACUACCCAAUGGUUCCACUUUCGAAGCGGUUCGCGUCCCGCGGACGGACUUGCCCUCAACCUUCCGUUUCUGCCUACGUCGCCUAGGGAUAACCACGCUGUCAUCUAUGCAAGACGUGCCGGAUGGGCUGAAGCCCAGACCGGUAAAAUACUCCGAGCCAGAGUGUGGGCCCGGUAUUCGAGAGGUGUCUGCCGAAGGGCGUCUCAAAAGAAAGCGAAAGGCCACAAGUUUCUUUGGACCGGACGAACUGCCGGUCUUGAAAAGGCAUCGACGAGAGCUCAUCGACGAGGAUGUGUCCGUCACAAUUAAGAGCAGGCACGUCUUGGAAGACCUACGCCAGCUGUACAUCAGGGGAGACCUUCGUAAGCUGGACAAACACUUUGAGGACGCGCUUCAGGGCGAAGAAGUGGUGAAACUGAGGGAACGGGGACGAUUUUAAUCUCAUCUUGUUCAUCACAUUAUCGUUCGGCCUUUAGCUGUAAAUAUCAUCAACAUGUUCCAUUUUCAUCUCAUGUUCCCGGCACAUUUUUAAAUGCUUUUGCAAUCAAACCUACAUGCCGUACACAAAUGGAUUUAAGCAGUUAUGUUUUUACGCUACUCAUUACAGUUUUAGCUUUGGCAUUAUGCUUUUACGCUACUCAUUACGGUUUUAGCUUUGGCAUUAUGUACGUACGUGUAGUAUCAUUGCUUUUAGCAACCGGUGUAUUAGAUUUCAACAAUUUAAUUUUAGGUUUUUUAGCACCAUCGUCAUAUUACCUUAUGGACAUAUUUUUAAAUGCAUUUUAAAUCAAAACUGCGCGAAAGUGUAGUCACGGAAAUGACAUGUUGUUAGCCAUAUGGUUUUAUGCUAAACAUGACUGUUUUGUCUUUGAUGUUAUGUAUGUGCAUGGAGUAUCAUUGCUUUUAACAACAUGUGUACUAGUUUUAAUCAGUUUAUAUAUAAGACUUCACAACAACUACUUUAUAUAAUGAUGGUGGAUGGCGAAUUUCAUCGAAACUUCAAGCACCACGGUCUGUUACCACUGUCAUAUUACCUUUAUGAUAUUAUGCUUUCCUAAUGUUAUCCCUCUGUUAGUGCCACUCCAUCAGCUGCCAUUCUUGAAUUGAAUUAUGCUUUUAACUUAUGAGACAAUGUUAUCUGCAUACCAGUGUAUCUGUGCAUGUGUAUCUAUCAGUUCUUUCUUCUCAAAGCUGUAAUACGCAAUUAUGCGGCCUUAUAGCGAUACUCCAGACAAAACCUAAUGCUAAGCAAAUGUGCUUUCUCUGAGCCACUGUAUAAAAUUAAAUUUGCAGCCAAUUAUUUAUAAUUGGUCUAUAUAUAGCCACAAUUUUUGCUGCCCAGUUAUGUCGCUGUCUUCCAGUUACU